GCGGAAAAUUUAAAUAUUACUACAACUGCAACACCGCCAACAACGUUGCAAUUAGUUCAUGUGCUGUUUCGCCAUGGCCCGCGUACACCGGUCAACACAUACCCAAAUGACCCGUACAUAAGAGAAACAUUUUAUCCUUAUGGUUGGGGACAGUUGACAAACGCGGGUAAACGUGAACUCUUUAAAAUGGGUCAAUGGCUGGCGAGACGUUAUGAGAAUUUUCUAACCCAAUUUUACACACCAGAGCUGCUCCACGUUCAAUCAUCUGCCUCACCACGUACUUUGAUGUCAAUGGCUACCGUGUUGGCGGGCAUGUUUCCACCUAAGAACACAGUAAUGGAAUGGAACAUAAAACUGAAUUGGCAACCUAUACCCAUUCAGGCACAGCCUUUAGACAGGGAUAUUUGGCUGCGCAUGACAGCUGAUUGCCCACGUUACCAGCAAGCAUUACAGGAAGUAUUACAAAGAUCGGAAGUGCAACAGGAAUUAAAACGGCAUGAGAAUUUAUUUAAGGAAUUAACUGAGAUAACGGGACUAAAUGUAACAACGGCACACGAUAUAACGUCAAUUUAUAUAACACUGCUGGCAGAGCGUGAUUAUGGCUUAAAUUUGCCAUCUUGGACACAAAAUUAUUAUCCAUUUAAAAUGCAAUUUAUGGCUGAACAAAGUUACAUAUAUAAUGCGUACACUACCGAGAUGCAAAGAAUUAAAGGAGGCCCUCUGCUGCAAUUGAUGCUUGAGCAUAUGCUGAGCAAGGCAGAGGGGUCUUUAAGACCUUCACAAAGAAAAAUUUAUAUGUAUUGUGCUCAUGACUGGUCAGUAACCAAUUUUCUGAUGGCUUUAAAAGUAUGGAAACGGCAGUUGCCCAAAUUUUCGGCAUUGGUAUUAAUUGAGUUGCACCGUCAAAUGUCCGGUAAGGACUAUUACAUUAAGUUUUUCUUUAGAAAUGAUCCCAAAGCUAUCUUGGAACCUUUAAUAUUGCCCGGAUGCACGGUCGCUUGCCCUUUGGAUAAGGUUUUAGAAUUAGUCAAAGACGUUAUACCAAACGCUGCCUACGAAGAGAUGUGUCGACUAAAGGAAGGCCCAGCAUUUGAAAAGUAUCUGAAAAGCGAUUAUAAUUAA